UUAUAGUCUGAUUUACAGAGUUAUGCUUUAAAUAUUUAUGUUUACAAUACAUUUUUUUUAUUUACAUUUCUUGUAAACACCAUUUAAUUUGGUUUUAUUAGUUUGAGUGUUUCAGGGCACAAGGUUGUUUUUUAUCUUGAUGCCAGGUCCAGAAAUGAUUGCAAGGACUAACAGAAUCCUUGAAAAUCCCAAAUCUACUUUUAUACUAUAAAUAUAAAAACAGAGAUUUUGUUGUAAUAUGCUUAUUUUAACUAUGUUUUUUAUUUCUGUACUUUGCUACAAAAGUAAAAUCAUGCUCGUGCAUAGUUAAGAUGAGCAGCAAUCCGUUCAUUUGGUAAUUAUUGACUGACAGAAUGUGAUUUGACCUCCUGCUCUGUUUGCUGUGUUAUGGUGACCUGGCACUUAAACACACCAUAGUUAUUGAUUUGGCUGCUUCUUUAAUUUGUUUAUCCUUAUUUUUAACCUUUCCACUGUUCCCGUUGUGUCCAAUGAGCCCAGUUAGAUGUCUCGGAGUCAAAGUGAUGAGAGCCAAGCAGAGAGAGAGGAGUCAAAACAGUCCCAGUCUUUCACACCGGCUAUGAGGAGGCACAUGUACCUGUAAGAGUAAUUCGAUUUACGACUGAGUCUCAGGUGUAUUCGAGAAACUGGCUACAAAUAGACUGGUCGUACGUCAUACUGUUAGUGUGCAGACUAUCGGCUAAAUUAACGAUAAAUAUUCAGAGGGAAACAAAUGUAGCUGUUUCAGUGGUUAGAUUUACAUAUCCACUGCAGCUAAAGGUGAAGCAGGAAGACGGUAUUUUUGUAAUGCUGUGGGAGAGGACAAGGGAAGUUAUUUUUUAGUGGGGGAUCACUUUCUGUGUCCAUCUUCCUUUCUCCCCCCUCAGCCUCGGCUCUCUCCUACACAUAACUAACAGUACAGGAAAAGAAGGAAAGGCUCUGUGAAGGAGGUUGGGAGGAGUCUUUUGUGGACGCCUAUUUUCCUAAUCUUUCUUUAUCUGGCUUGGUUGGUGGAAGCUCAAGACAGAUAGGGCAAGAAUUGUGGACCCUUCAAGUUGGCUGACAGGCUUUAUUGAGGAAAAAAAGAAAAACAGAAAAGGGAGACAGAGGAGGAGAGCAGCACUCAUCACCACUCCCCCUCCCAGCAAAUGAGAGAGCAAGUCUAAAUCAUGUUGCUUAUCAGUGCUGUUGUGCUGUGAUGUUGCUCAGGCAGAGCCCAGCACAGAACAGGCAGCCGUGUGGACCAGUACACCGACCCAGAACCAGCCCAGCCUUCUCAGAGCUGGAGACACUCGCCUCGCCACGUCUCUCACCUCCACCGCGUGCCUCCCACAGUGACAUGUACCCUGAAGAGAGCCGGGGGUCUGGAGGGGUAGCCAGCGUUGACUUCUUGGAAGGGACGUACGACUACGCCGCCCCUGCCCCUGCUCAGACUCCUCUCUACAGCCACACCAACACUGGCUUCUACCCUGCUCCACUGGAUGAUGGUAGUCGUCAGUCCCUGGGCAGUGGGCCUGUCAGUCCUCAUGCGUAUAUGCCCUCCAGCCCCCGACUCAGCCCCUUCAUGCACCCGCCCAGCCACCACUAUCUGGAAACCACUGCAACACCCGUCUACAGGUCCAGUCAGCAGUCGGCAUCCAGAGAGGAUCACUGUGGAAUCAGUGACGAGGCAUACAGUGUGGGGGAGUCAGGUGCUGGAGCCGCAGAAGGAUUUGAGAUGGCUAAAGAGACGCGCUUCUGUGCUGUGUGCAGUGACUAUGCCUCUGGGUACCACUACGGGGUGUGGUCCUGCGAGGGCUGCAAGGCCUUCUUCAAGAGGAGCAUCCAGGGUCACAAUGACUACAUGUGCCCAGCAACCAAUCAGUGUACUAUUGACAGGAAUCGGAGGAAGAGCUGCCAGGCUUGCCGACUUAGGAAGUGUUACGAAGUGGGCAUGAUGAAAGGAGGCAUGCGCAAGGACCGCAGCCGCGUUCUGAGGCGUGACAAAAGUCGGACUGGGACUAGUGAGCGAGAUCAGGCCUCCAAGGACCCCAAGGACCCCGACCACAAAACAGUGCCUCUCCAGGACAGGAGGAAACGUGGCAGCAGCACUAGAGUGGGAGGCAGAGGAGGAAGGUCAUCCGUCUCUAGCAUGCCACCUGACCAGGUGCUGCUCCUGCUCCAGGGUGCUGAGCCCCCAAUUCUGUGCUCCCGUCAGAAGCUGAGUCGCCCUUACACAGAGGUCACCAUGAUGACGCUGCUCACCAGCAUGGCCGACAGAGAGCUGGUCCACAUGAUCGCCUGGGCCAAGAAGCUUCCAGGUUUCCUGCAGCUGUCCCUUCAUGACCAGGUGCAGCUGCUGGAGAGCUCCUGGUUGGAGGUGCUUAUGAUUGGACUCAUCUGGAGGUCCAUUCACUGCCCAGGCAAGCUCAUCUUCGCACAGGACCUCAUCCUGGACAGGAAUGAAGGCAACUGCGUCGAGGGCAUGGCUGAGAUCUUUGACAUGCUGCUGGCCACCACCUCCCGCUUCCGCAUGCUCAAACUCAAACCCGAGGAGUUCGUCUGCCUCAAAGCUAUCGUCCUGCUCAACUCUGGUUCCUUCUCUUUCUGCACCGGCACGAUGGAGCCCCUCCACGGCGCGGUCGCAGUGCAGGACAUGCUGGAAACCAUCACAGAUGCUCUCAUACAUCACAUCAGCCAAACGGGAUGCUCUGUUCAGCAGCAGUGGAGACGACAGGCCCAGCUUCUUCUCCUGCUCUCCCACAUCAGACACAUGAGCAACAAAGGCAUGGAGCAUCUCUACAGCAUGAAGUGCAAGAACAAGGUGCCACUGUACGACCUGCUGCUGGAGAUGCUGGACGCUCACUGUCUUCACCGGCCAGCAAGACCAGCUGAGGCCUGGCUCCAGUUGGACUUGGAGUCCUCCACCACCACUAACGACAACGACAACGACAACAGCAGCGGUGGUGGUGUCUCAUCUUCAGCAGGCUCCAGUUCAGGACCUCGCAGCAGCAAUGAGAGUCCGAGCAGAGCCGCGUCAGGUCCAGGUGUCCUGCAGUAUGGAGGGUCCCACUCCAACUGCACCCACAUCCUAUGAGACCGAACACAGGGUUAUGUCAUUUAUGAGGAUGAUGUGUGGAGUUCAGGAUGAAGGAUUUAACACUUGUGUUUGAAAUUCGUGUUAUCAGAUAAUUAUUUAUGAAUUAAGUUGUUGUUGUCGUAGUUGUUUAGGAAGGAAAAACUCCUUUGCACUGUUUCCAAUUCACCACAAUCUACAAGCUUUGAUGCAGUUUCUUCUUUAUCUGUGAUACUGAUUUACUUUUUUUAAAACUGUGUUACAGUAAAACAGCCAGCGUUCAUUCAUGUUAUGGCUUUUCCUUCUGUUAAAGUGAUUUCAAAUGAUGAGCAGCUAAUUUUCUUUGCCUCAACCAAAGUGCACUUCCUCUGGAGUUUGAGGGAAUUCUUUUCGGGCAGUAUUUUUACUUUCACAAACCAAAAAAGUCUUUGACUCCGCACUAAAGCUAAAAAAAAAAAAGAAAAUGGGUAAAAUUAAAGUAUAACUUAUUUCAAUCAUUUAAAAAUGUUUCUGGGGAGAAAAUAUAUAUAUAAAAAAUUGUGAAUGUAUUUGUUGAAA